GUCAAUUACUUAAACUUUUUUGCAGUUGACCUAGUGAUCAUGAAGUGGGAUUCACAUGAUGAUGAUUAAAAUAGCUGAGAUUAUGCAAUUUUCAUAUGGUUUCUUGUUCCUAUUUUAAACUGGAAAGGGUUUCUUUAAGAAAAAAGGUUGUUCGUCAAAUUGUAAUACAACAUCCGAGCACGAGGUCGCAAAUGGAGCAAAGGAUAGAUUUCUUGGAACGUUUGGAAAGCGAUAUGGCCUUGAACAUCUUGAUGCGCUUGGAUGAUCCGGCAGAUAUAGUUCGUGCCAGUGCUGUGUCGCGGUCUUGGCACCAUUUUGUAAUGGCAAAUGGGCUUUUAAAACAGUUGUGUUUGACGAUGUUUCCCCAACUCUCCAAUAAUAUCCGUAUAAUUGCACCCAAUUCUUGGAGGAUGAAUAAUGUGAACAUCGAACGAAGCAAUGCCAUUGAGAUGGAGGUUCUUGAGAAGGAGCAUCAAGUAUAUGCUUCUCUCUUUCAGGCUCUAUUUAGAUCGGAAGUUUCUCCAAGGGAUUGCAUUGCAGAUGCAGUUAGCGCCUCCAGCACAGACCGUGAUCCAGACGAAAGCAUUGUCAACACGCUGAGCCCCUGGAGCAGAUCGCAGUGGGGAAUAGCUUCAUACUGGUCAAGUAAAGGACAUAGCAAUCCUGAUGUGCCCGAGACAUUAACCUACAGACUCAAAGCUGGCAUCUCCAUUGUUACUGAAAUUGAUAUACAGCCCUUUGAAGUAUAUUGGGAACGAGACCGUCCCAUAUGCUCAGCACAGUCUGUGCGAUUCCGAAUGGGCUAUGCUAGAUCCCAGUGUUUGCUGUUAUGUAAACCUGAUGAUAAUUUUGUAUGGACAUAUACUUCACCUACAUUUCCCAUGAAGCAGGAAAACCGCUUGCAGCGAUUCAAGCUUCCAAAGCCUGUUCUUUGCAUUGGUGGAUAUCUGCAGGUUGAGCUUUUGGGUAGUGUUCAGAGGGCAGAAAUUGAUGGACUAUUCUACAUAUGUAUCUGCCACGUACGAGUCCUGGGGCUUCCCCUAGAGCCUGCAUUCAACAUACAGAUGUUCGAACCAUCUGGCAAAUUCAUGCUCCAGUACAACCCCAACUCUCUACACUCUACCCUGGAACACUCUUGUAAUGGUGAAAACUCAUACAUGUAAGGUUAUCAGCAGCCCGAGACAGUCUCAGAGAUUACGGAGAGGAUCCAACAGAUGCCAUGUAUUGUUUGUAUUUCAGCUGCUGAGAUCCUUUUAUGUCAGCCCUUUAUUUAACUUGUUUUGCUGAGUCUGGGCAUAUAGGAUACCCAAGCAGGGCAAAACAUGUAGAACUGCAACAUUAUGUUUGGUUUUUUUUUUUGGAAUGUUUUGGAGAUAGAGAGAGAAAAAUAGAGAUAAAUAAGUGUGUUGCAGAUAGAGUGUAUAUUUGGAUUUUAUUUUAGAGGUAAUUUAAAAUAUUUUAAAUAAGUGGUGUAUGUUUGUUGUUGGGAUUUAGGAUAUAAAAGUCACUGUUCAUCGUCAA